AUGUCAAGCCGCAUCAAUCCUUCACCACCAGUUCGAAAGACUACAACAGAGCAAAGAGAUAGGAAACGCUGGGAAACCUUCUACGCCAGAACCCUAUCGCACAUCUCCUCCAAACCCUCCUCUGACCCGCGUCCCGCCCGCCCCGAAGCCCACCCCAGCGACGCCCCCUCGGACGAAGAAUCAGUCGACGACGACGACGACCCGGGCACAUCCUGGUUCUCCGAACACAACGCCCCCGACAAAGUCCUCCGCUUCCUCACCGACGCCUCUUUCCCGCUCGCCCCGUGCAACCGCCCGCAGCCCGCGCCCUCCGUCCUCGACCUGGGCACCGGGAACGGGAGCAUGCUCGCGCUGCUGCGCACGCGCGGCGGCUUCGCGGGGCCCAUGGUGGGGGUGGAUUACUCGGCGCGGAGCGUCGAGCUGGCGCGCGAGCUGCAGCGGAGCAAGAUGCAUUCGGCGUACGCGCCGGACAGCGACGACGACGAUGACGACGAACCCGGGCCCGCCGCGGCUGGGGCGGCGGAGGAGAUCCGCUUCGAGGAGUGGGAUAUUCUCGCCGGCACGGAUGCGCUCUCCGCCGAGGAGGUGCGCGACGCCGCGAAGACACGGCUGGAUUGGUUCCCGUAUGCGGCGGGGCGGGGUUUGAUAUCGUGCUGGAUAAGGGCACGUUUGAUGCGGUCUCGCUGUCGGAGGAGACCGGGGAAGGGGACAGGCGCGUGUGCGAGCGGUACCCUGGGAUUGUGCGGCGGCUUGUUCGGAAGGGAGGGUUUGUUGUUGUUACGAGCUGUAAUUGGACGGAGGAGGAGCUUGUCGCGUGGUUUACGCGUGGGGAUCAGGAGGAUGGGUUGGUGGUGUAUGGGAGGGUUGAGUAUCCGCGGUUUCGGUUUGGGGGGAAAGAAGGGCAGGGGGUUUGUACGGUGUGUUUUCAGCGGGUUUAGCCUAUAG